GAGCCCAAAUCGUAUAACUCUCCCAGCCCGGCCCGACCCAGUAAGCUAGAAGAAAAACCCUAAAUAACUAAAGUGAUAUAACCUACUUCGUCCCUUUCACUCGUAUCGAGUUGCAGACGGCCGCUUCACAUUUCCACCAGAGAAGAGUAAAGAUGAGUAAAGUCACCGGAGGCGCCGGAAAGGGGGGAAAGAAGAAGGGAGCGACGUUCGUGAUCGACUGCGGAAAGCCGGUGGAAGAUAAGAUCAUGGACAUCGCUUCUCUCGAGAAGUUUCUGCAGGAGAGAAUUAAGGUCGGCGGGAAAGCCGGAGCUCUCGGAGACUCCGUCACCGUCGUGCGUGAGAAGAGCAAGAUCACUGUCACCUCCGACAGUACCUUCUCCAAGAGGUAUUUGAAAUACUUGACAAAGAAGUACCUGAAGAAGAACAAUGUGAGGGAUUGGUUGAGGGUUAUUGCCUCCAACAAAGACCGAAAUGUUUACGAGUUGCGAUACUUUAACAUCGCUGAAAACGAAGGCGAAGAGGAGGAUUAAAUUGUUUGAUUUAGCUCUAUUGUCUUCUUUAUUUUGAUGUAGAAGCCUCCUUUCUGGAAUUUUCGUGUUUCAAUUAUUACUGGACAGAGUCUUUAUAGGUUCUUGGAUAUCUUCAAUAUCUUGCAACUUUGUUACUAAUGCGGAGCUAUUUUGUUUUGUUA